GCAAAGAGGUCAAGAGGAGGGGAGGAGAAAACCACGUGUGAUCGGCACUAUGUACAGCACUGUCCUUCCUCUGUAGACUUGUUUUUGUAAGCUUGUACCCCUCGUAUGUAGCCAGCUAGCUCGUGACAGCCAGAGAAGAAGCUGUAGUUUGUCUUUGUUUAUUUGCGUUUCAUUUACAGAGACACACAAAUAUUCGAGCAAAGCUGCUGGGGGAUUUCUGUCACAGAGACACACUGACUGCCGACCAUGGUGAGCAAGACAGAUGACAUCCCGGCGUCAGUGCCUAACUGCAAUCCGGCAGAUCCCGCGGAUGGAGCCCAGGAUGGUAAAGGAGCAGGAAAGGCACCUCUAAAAGAGUCCUGCGGUUGUGGGCACAGUGCAGAUACAGCCAUGGUAAAUGGUGACAGGGCUCAUGAGCAUACGGAGACUGACUCAAAGCAGGAUGGGAAUGGCGAGGCAGACGGAGGGGAGGAGUCUAACGAACAGGAAGUGAUAGUGAUCCAGGACACAGGCUUCACUGUAAAGAUCCAGGCUCCGGGGACAGAGCCAUUUGACCUGCAGGUCUCCCCCCAGGAAAUGGUGCAGGAAAUCCACCAGGUUUUGAUGGACCGUGAGGACACCUGCCACCGCACCUGCUUCUCUCUGCAGCUGGAUGGAAAUGUGCUGGACAACUUUGCCGAGCUCAAGUCUAUCGAGGGUCUGCAGGAGGGAUCAGUGCUCAAAGUGGUGGAAGAGCCCUACACGGUGCGUGAAGCUCGAAUCCAUGUGCGUCACAUCAGAGACCUGCUGAAGAGUCUGGACCCUUCUGACGCUUACAACGGAGUAGACUGCAACUCUCUCUCUUUCCUGAGCAUCUUCACUGAUGGAGAUCUUGGAGAAACUGGAAAGCGGAAGAAAAAGGGCAGCGAGAUGGAGCAGAUAGACUGCACCCCUCCAGAGCACAUCCUGCCCGGCAGUAAAGAGCGCCCCCUUGUGCCCCUCCAGCCACAGAAUAAGGACUGGAAGCCCAUGCAGUGCCUGAAGGUCUUGACCAUGAGCGGGUGGAACCCUCCACCUGGAAACAGGAAGAUGCACGGCGACCUCAUGUACCUGUACAUUGUGACUGUGGAGGAGCGCCAUGUCAGCGUCACUGCCUCAACACGCGGCUUCUACCUCAACCAGUCUACUACCUACACCUUCAACCCCAAACCAGCUAAUCCCAGCUUCUUGAGCCACUCUCUAGUGGAGCUGCUGAGCCAGAUCAGCCCUGCCUUCAAGAAGAACUUCACUGCCCUGCAAAAGAAAAGAGUCCAGAGACACCCGUUUGAGAGAAUAGCCACACCUUUCCAAGUAUACAGCUGGACUGCUCCGCAAGUAGACCAUGCAAUGGACUGUGUUCGAGCUGAGGAUGCAUACACCUCCCGCCUGGGUUAUGAGGAGCACAUCCCUGGACAGACCAGAGAUUGGAACGAAGAGCUGCAGACUACCAGAGAGCUGCCCCGGAAGAACCUACCUGAGCGGCUGCUAAGGGAGAGGGCUAUAUUCAAGGUCCACAGUGACUUUGCGGCAGCUGCCACUCGAGGUGCCAUGGCUGUAAUUGAUGGCAACGUAAUGGCCAUCAACCCUGGUGAAGAAACUCGGAUGCAGAUGUUCAUCUGGAACAACAUCUUUUUCAGUCUGGGCUUCGAUGUGCGGGACCACUAUCGUGAGCUGGGGGGCGAUGCGGCCGCCCACGCUGCACCCACCAAUGACUUGAACGGAGUACGAGCUUACAGUGGGGUGGAUGUGGAAGGUCUUUACACUCUGGGAACUGUAGUGGUGGACUACAGAGGCUACCGUGUCACCGCCCAGUCCAUCAUCCCAGGUAUCCUGGAGCGUGAGCAGGAGCAGAGCGUCAUCUACGGCUCCAUUGACUUUGGGAAGACUGUUGUGUCUCACGGCAAAUACCUGGAACUGCUGGAAAAGACCAGUAGGCCACUAAAGAUCCAGCGGCACAGCGUGCUGAAUGAGAAGAAUGACACGGUGGAGCUGUGCUCCUCUGUCGAAUGCAAAGGCAUCAUCGGGAAUGACGGCAGACACUAUAUUCUCGACCUCCUUCGCACUUUCCCUCCUGACCUCAACUUCCUGCCUGUGGAUGGAGUGGAGCUGUCUCCAGAGUGCCAGCGUCUAGGCUUCCCCCGCCAGCACCGCCAUCGCCUGGCCUGUCUACGCCAAGAGCUCAUCGAAGCCUUUGUUGAGCACAGAUAUCUCCUGUUCAUGAAGAUGGCAGCGUUACAGCUGAUGCAGCAUAAAGCCAACAGGGACUCUAACAAGACUGACACACCCGCCAUCACAGAAACCUCAGAAACACUCACAGAGAGCAAAGCCGACACGACCCAGACAGACACAGCACAGACCAAUGCCACAGAUUCCUCUAAAGCAACAGACAUCUCCACAGAUAGCACUAGCCAGACAGACAAUGCUUCCACUGCUGCCUCACAAACAGGAACUGACAGCGAAGAGAACUCCUCGAAGCCCACAACAAACGGGCCUGUAGACCCCACAGCCACCCAGAACGGGGAAUGCAAGGGCCCAUUGGAGGGUAAGGAGCUUGAGGAAAGUAUUCCAGGAUUAGCUCAGGCCAAAGAGCUGGCGGAGACCUUAGUUGCCGAAGAUGGAUCUAGUAUUGACCCCAAAAGCCGUGAAGUGGUCCUGAAUGCCUGUAAGGCAGUGGGCUCCAUCAGCGACACAGCUUUCGAUAUCCGCUUCAACCCUGAUAUCUUCUCCCCAGGAGUACGGUUCCCUGAAGAGAGCGCAGACGACAUCCAGAAGCAGAAGCAGCUACUCAAAGACGCAGCUGCCUUCCUGGUUUCCUGUCAGGUCCCAACACUGGUGAAGGACUGUUUGGACCACAGCGCUCUGCCCAUGGAUGGAGCCUCACUAACGGAGGCUUUGCACCAGAGAGGCAUCAAUGUUCGCUUUUUGGGCACAGUCCUGGAGUUUAUGGAGAAGACUCCUGCCAAAGCCCAGCUGGAGCACAUCUAUAGAAUAGGAAUAACUGAGCUGAUCACCAGAUGCGCAAAACAUAUAUUCAAGACGUACCUCCAGGGUGUAGAGCUGUCUGCCCUCUCUGCUGCUGUGAGCCAUUUCCUAAACUGCUUCCUGAGCUCCUUCCCAGACGCCGUUGCCCACCUGCCUCCCGAUGAGCUGGUGUCACGCCGCAAAAACCGCAAACGUCGCAACAGGGUCCCCGGCGGUGGCGACAACACGGCGUGGGCCAGUCUGACACCGAGUGAACUGUGGAAGAACAUUGCCUCUGAGGCCCAGAGCUAUUAUCACUUUACCCUACAGUGUGAAAGUGUCGACCAAGUUGUGGAGAAAUUCGGCCUCCAGAAAAUCACUCUGCUCAGAGAAAUUUCAGUCAAAACUGGCAUACAGAUCCUGAUAAAGGAGUAUAACUUCGACAGCCGCCAUAAGCCUGCCUUCACAGAAGAGGACAUCCUGAACAUUUUCCCUGUGGUGAAACAUGUAAACCCCAAAGCCACAGAUGCCUUCCACUUCUUCCAGAGUGGGCAGGCCAAAGUGCAGCAAGGUUUCUUGAAGGAAGGAUGUGAGCUGAUCAACGAGGCUCUUAAUCUCUUCAACAACGUGUACGGAGCCAUGCACGUAGAGAUCUGCUCCUGCCUGCGCCUGCUGGCGCGCCUUAAUUACAUCCUGGGAGAUCACCCUGAGGCUCUCAGCAAUCAGCAAAAGGCUGUUCUGAUGAGUGAAAGAGUCCUUGGCAUCGAGCAUCCCAACACAAUUCAAGAAUAUAUGCACUUGGCCCUGUACUGCUUUGCCAACAACCAGCUUUCGACUGCUCUGAAGCUUCUGUAUCGCGCUCGUUACCUCAUGUUGUUGAUUUGUGGGGAGGACCACCCUGAGAUGGCUCUGCUGGAUAGUAACAUCGGGCUGGUGCUGCAUGGAGUCAUGGAGUACGAUUUAUCUCUGAGAUUCCUGGAGAACGCUUUGACCAUCAACACAAAGUACCAUGGACCUCGGUCCCUCAAAGUAGCCCUCAGUCAUCAUUUGGUUGCAAGAGUUUAUGAGAGUAAGGCUGAGUUCCGCUCUGCACUACAGCACGAGAAGGAGGGUUACACCAUUUAUAAGAACCAGAUGGGCGAGGCCCAUGAGAAGACCAAGGAGAGUUCUGAGUAUCUGAAGUAUCUCACGCAGCAGGCUGUAGCUCUGCAGAGAACCAUGAAUGAGAUCUACAAAAAUGGCUCUAACGCCAGCAUUAUGCCCCUUAAGUUCACUGCACCCAGCAUGGCCACCAUCCUGGACCAGCUCAACAUCAUCAAUGGCAUCAUCUUUAUACCUCUCAGCCCAAAGGAUCUGGAGAACCUGAAGGCAGAGGUGCAGAGGCGGCAGCAGCUGCAGGAGCUGGGAAAGAGUGAGGAGCCUGCUGAGGACCGCUCACUGGAAUUGGAAGACAAAAUUCCCAUCGAUUAAUAUUGAGUAGUGGCCAACACAGCUAUUUUCUGCUAUGGGAGAGAAAGACGGGCUGUGAUGGAUGAGUCACAAAGCCUGUGGACCCGAAAGCCGAGCAGUCUAAAUCAACAUAAAUAAAUGAAAAAAAUAUAAAUAAAUAAAAAAGAGGGAGGGGAGGGGUCAGGGUAGUCCAGACACAGACUGAUGAACUGUAGGAGAAAGGAAUACUGAGCAGGAAUUUCCUACAAAGUAGGGAUAGAGGGGAGGAGAAAGUACAAACAAUGUAAAACCACUGUACCAUGCAAUCUGAAAAUCCCUGGCCCGAGAACCUGGUGAUGAAGCCCUAGAGCGUGUUAGCUGUGUUAGAAUUAUGAUGAAUAUGAAACGAGGGUUUCAGCCGGGGGCGGGAGACCAAGAAUGACCAUGACAUUUUAUACCAGAGCCUUAUCCACUCUACCAUAAUCCCCCACACACAAGCCAUUCUUCUUCUCAGCUCAAACUUUCCACAGCACUGUUGGCCCAGGACCAUAUUCUGCCCCCGUCAUUGCCUAAAGAGCCUCGAAGAUCCUCGGGCAAGUAGCCACCCACUCGUGGUGGAUCCUACCCUGUCCUUGAACUCAGGGGUACUUUCUACUGUGCACUAAGACCAGAAAAGACCAGUUACUAAAUUAGCCAUUUUUCAAGUGGGGCUUCUGAAUGUAAACUUCCCUUGUUAGUGGCUCAUUGAGCCGCCUUGCAGCGAGCACCCAUCAUUCACACGUGUCCUCAAUAAUGAACUAAUUUGAUCUUUCUGUCAUUUGUACUUGAGACAUCCCAGGAGGGUGCAUGCUGUAUCCUCUGGUUCCCGUUUCUCCAGCGCAGUCACAGAUUAGCGAGCUCACAACUAAUCAUUUAGGUUGAUUAUUUUUUUUAUUUUUAUUUUUUUUAAUUUCUUUUUAUGGAUUAUUUUGUAAAAGUGCACAGGGGGGGAGUAAGAAGGAAUUUUAUUGCCUGUUCAUCAUCAGUUAAUUUAAAGCCAUGUCUGUUUUAUAGAAAAUGUAUAGAAAUGGAAAAACGAUGUAUAAAUCUCUAUUAGACAAGUACUUGAUUGAUGUGUAUGGGAAACACAGAUUUGAACAAAAAGAAAACGUCCACCUUAAGCAGUAGAUUUAUCUAUCUAUAUAUAUAUAUAUAGUUAGCUGUGUUCAAAUAUCUAUUUUUGCACAGUGAAAGAAUAUGUGCAUGUGUGUUUGUGUGUUUGACAGUGUGCGUCUUUGUGUAGUCUGACAUCAAAUCUGUUGGCCGGGGCUUUCCUCUGCAUAGUUUGAAUAGAGGCUGAGAAAACAUUGGCUUUCCAAAUCUUUAAUAAUUCUGCACACGGUAAACUGGGUUUUCUUAAAACAUUCAUGACCCCAAAAAUCCGCUGAUAUAUUUGAAAUUGGUACUGAAAUUAACCGCAUCGCUUCUCGACAUCGGCAGUGAUGACAGACUUAUCGUUGCUGGUUGUUUAUUUUUAUUUUUGUUUUCUCAUUAUGUGAUUUGUUAUUUUCUUCAUGUGUAACGGAGCCGAAUCCCAGACGGGAGCGAGCAGUAAGCAGUUUUAGUUAACUUUCUUGUGCUGUGUGUCGACAGGUACACGGCGUCACCAAAAUUAGGAGAGAGGGGGGCGUAGGGGGAAAAAGGAAGGGCUGCCUCAGUGUGAUGUACCAAAAAAAAGACUGAUAAAGGCUUGUUUUUGCUGUAAACAUAAUGUUAUCCCUCUCAUGGAAAGAUGUGAGUGAUUAAAGCAAAAGAGCGAUGAUGCAUUUUUAAAUUUUUAUUUUUUUUUUUUAACUUUUUUGGAAGUCUGCCUUCUUACUGUACUGGAAGAAUGAUGUAUACAAAACGAUGAAAGAUGAGUUCUUCACACCAGGAGAUGAGGUCACUACAGUGAUUUCCAGAUUGCUCCUGAACCAACAACAGCUGAGCAUGUGCCUGUUCUCUAUCCUGAAUGGAAACCAGCAGGAUGAUGGCUUUAAAAAAACAAAACAACAAAAAGCUGACAUAAGCCUUGUGAUUAUGUCUUCUGGUUUUCUUGUAUUAUUAUUUUCUUCCCCGCCUGCUCUCCAAGUGGCAUUCAACAGUAAUACAGACAGUGUCCAUAAGGUGGCACUCCAACAUUCUUCUGUAUGUGAAGGACAAACGUUUGACCUACAUGACAGGAAAUGUCACGGUGCAAGUUCAGAUAUACACAUGCUGUAUUUGAUUUAGAAAAGCAUCCUCAUGGACUUUAGAAACAUACAUCUCUUCUAGCAUAGCCAGAUGUACUGGAAAUGCAUUAAAUUGCAUUACUGUAAACAUUACAUGAGAUUCUGAUUAAUUUUAAAAUACCAAUAAGUUUUUACAUUUAGCAAGGAUGUGACAACUUUAAUUUUUAGCACAUUUGUAGUUCUACCUGCUGUUAAAUGUGUUCUAAAAUGUUUGCAGCAGAACAUUUAAUGAUCUGAUGCUACGAUAGUUUAUGAAAACUCCCUGAGAGAGAGGAAACUGUCUACAGAGAUACUCUGCUGCCCUUUCAACACUUAGCUUUUCGCUUUAGUUGGAGACAUCAGUCUGACUCUGCUGUAGGUUCUUUCCUGAAUCUUUGAGAUGUAGAUGUUUAUUUGAGGUUAUCUCCAGAAGAGGGGGGGCAAAGUGUAAUAAUAUAAAACUAUGAAGUGUAUUCAUUCACACAUAUUUUGCAGAACUUUGCAAUUUGAAUGUAAAACAAAAAAUGCAAAGCAGGUCAUGGAGAAUAAAUGUUUACUUAAAGGACAAAUACUCAAAGAUUAAACACUGAACUUGCUCAUAUGGGCCCUGUGCAAAGUAGCUUUUUAAAGUUAAAAAGAGCUCAUGCUAUCUUAUAAAAAAAAAUAAGAGUGCUGUGAAAAGAAGAAAAGGGCAAAUAUCUAUCCUAAAAUAUGCAUUUCACUGCUCCUGGUCAUACUGCAAUACUGUCUUUGUGUGAUGGUGAAAACACUGGCUGUUUGAGGGUUUUGUGUUCUCUCGCUGAUGAAAUCUCUUCUCCACAAAGGCUUCUUAAGCCUAGUGUUUGAGUCUGCUUCCCCUGAUGGUGUGUGGUAUUUGUGUGUGUUGCUCUUUACAAAAUAAUCUAAUUAUUUUUUGGUCUGAGUAUGCUUUUAUAUUAAAAAUGGAUUAAAAUAAAACUAGUGACAGAUC